AGGCAUGGAAAAGGCUAUCUGUGGGUUCGUUUCGCUUCUAGUCGAUUUUUCCAGAUAGAUAUAUUCCUUGUUAGCUGAGGACUGAGGAAUAUCGGGGGAAUUCCUUUUUAGCUGCGGAGAACCUUGAAUCUGAAAAUUAGGGCAAAGCAUCGGGUUUAUUUCGUUGGUUCUUGUUAAUCAAUCUUUCCUCGACGGAAGGCGAGAAAAGAAUGACGAGUGACGGGGAAUCCGAUGGGGGUGGGGUUUUUUUUGGGGCUAUACGCUGCAAUUCUACCCUCCUCUUGGAAGCAGAAAGAGAUGUGAGGCUAUUGGACUUCAAUAAGAAUACUUCUCCGAAACCAAUCUCCUGCAACAGCGCUUUGGGGAAAGAGAAUUGUGGAAAUUCGCAGGAUACGGCGAGAAUCAAUACUGAAUUCAAUGGGAGUGGACCUUCUCUUGGGACUGUUCCCUCGGGAGUGCCUCACGUUUCUACCAUCAAGGGUUUUUUUCAGAAAUUGACUUCUGUCUCCAACAAGAGAGCUUCUCUUGAAUCAGCUUCUGUGGAGCCUGGUUCCUCCAGCAAGAGCGAUAAUUUCUCUCUAAAACCGAAAGAGGUGAAAAAAGAGGAUGAUGAUUUGUGGAAGUACUUUGGUGCUCCUUCCUUCAACUUUGCGGCCUCAAUGGAGAUAUCCCCAUUUUUCAAUUAUAAGGGAAGCUCUACAUCUCUACAACCUGAGAAGGUGAAAACAGAGGAUUUCGAGUUUCUUCAUGCUCGAGGUCAUUACCGUGAAUGCCACUGCAAUAUCUCACCCUCAAAAAAGUUUAUAUUGGUCUACAACAAGGUUCCUAAUGAAGCACUCCCUCAGGUAGAAAGGGGAACCACAACUUUAGCUUUUAUUUUCAAAGACGCGGUUAUUGUAGCUGCUGAUCAUUCAUCAAGAUCUCCUUCCCCAAAGCUUGUUCAAAUUACAUCUCACAUUGUUGCCACCAUUUCUGGAGGAAGUGAAUAUUUGCUCUCCAAUUUGAAAAGGAAGUGUGACGAGGAACUCAAGGGUGGGAAAACAGUAGUUGUUGAAAAGGUGGCAAAGUGGCUGGCUGACGAUUUGGCUCCUCAGGGAUUGUCAGUAGGAGUAUUGAUUGGUGGGUGGGGCGAUGAUGGUCCAGUCCUGUAUCAAGUGAACCACAGGGGGGAAGUGGUGAAAAAGAAGAGGCUGUCUUCUACUGGAUCUGGUUCAAGUUGGGCUCGUGUGUAUGUGGGUUUCAGGUGGCACAAGAUGAUGUCUGAAACUGAUGCUGAAGAUUUGGCAAAAGAUGCCAUCUGUUAUGCUGCUUGUAAAGCUCUUUACAGUGGUGAUUUUGCGAGUGUUUACCGUGUAGGGAGUUCUGGUUGUCAGAUGAACAUUUCUGGAUUUGACAUUGGAAAAUGGCGAAAUGAAAACAAGCAGCUCUGGUGGCCCGAGGUUUAUGAACACAUCUCAGCUUAUCCUCCAUAUUGAAGAGAGUGUGAAAAGCUUGUUUCCAGCUUUUUGCUAAUGGUUACUAAUUGUGGGGAAAUCAGCUCAAGCCACCACAUCUAGUAGAUGGUUUCCCUCUUUUCAGACCCCCUACUUUGUAUGUGUGAUGAACUCAACCUCAAUUAUGUUGUAUGAAUGGAAUGAAAUGUCUGUAGUGGGGAAGAUAAUAAUGGUUCCUGUCUUCCCUAGCUUAAUGCUUGAUGAAAUGAUUUUCCUUGUCUUUUUAUGUUGGGUUGUGAAAACCUAAAGGAAGUUGCAUUUAUUAGGAUUUGUGUAGCAAGGGGAUAUAGCUUUUGGAUUUUUGUUUUGCCCUUUUUUCCCCCCUUUUUCCCUUGAAAGAAAGCAUUUUUGGUAGCUUCAAUUUGGACGUUGCAGCUUUGUUUACCUUUCACCUUCAAUUGAACUAAACUGUUAAUGUAUAAAUGUGUUAUCUUUGUUAAGGAAUCCUGCAAUCUCCAUCCUUCAGUGCAUCUGUAUUUUGUAAGUAGUGAUAUGUGUUGACUAUGGAGCAUCCCCUUACGAUUUAUAUGGGUUAGACUUUAAUAAUACUACAAUAGUGGCCCAUCUUAAGUUAAAAUUAGUGAAGUUGAACGUACCAAUUGGUUGCAUAUUUUUGCGACCUUCAAUCAAUAGUAACCGGACAAUUUCUAACAUUUAUCCAAGGCUGGCGAUAUUGUUAAAACAAUAAGUAGUUAGCUGCGAGAGCAAAAAAGAUUCAUCGUUCUUAAAUUGCCCCGAUGUCAAAUGAAUAUAAUACUCUCCCUCCUGCG